GUUUCUUUAAAAUUAAAUGAUGAGACGUAUUUCCAUGCUGUAAGAAUCAUGGAUACAUACAGCCACUCAUCUCUCUCCACCUUCUUCAAAGUCACUCCAGAGCAGAUUAAAGAAGCACUUGCUUAUGAGGAUAGGAAGAGGAAACGCGAAACAGAACCUCAAAUCGAGAGACAAUAUCUCCCAGGGGAGGCUGAGCCAUUAGAGGGAAAGUACACCAUAAGCUACCACGAUAAACCUCCUGUCCCGAACUUGAACGCCAUCCCAAUCACCAUCGUGUCCAGAGAGGAGUGGGGAUCCCAGCCGAGACCUAAAGACGAGGAACUGUUCCUUGGGAAAGUCCCUUUUGUUCACCAGGAGUACAACUCUGGAACACCGCAGUGUUACAACUUCCAGGAGUGUUCCAGGCUGGUCCGGGAGAUCCAACAGAGGGACCUGGAUCUUGGAUACUCGGAUAUCCGAUACAAUUUCCUGGUCGGUGACGACUGGAACGUCUACGAAGGGAGAGGGUGGUACGUCACCCCAGAGAAGACCAAUGAGCUGCCCAGAUAUCACGGCAAGUACUAUGAGAUCGCCUUCAUAGGGGAUAUGAGAUCACCGAAUCAUCCAACGUUCCUACAGUCCAAAAUGUUGUGGAGUAUCUUUAAGAAGGGAAUGGAGAUGACUAAGACGAUAGACAAAAUGAAAUUUACUCUCAUGGUUAAACAUUUAGACUUUUACCCUAAUUGUAAACAAGCUGCGUGAGUUUCCUCG